GAUGGUUGAGUGGUGUGGGUAAGGAAGGCUAGACUGGCGAAACAAUUGAUAUUUCAAGAAAGGACCCAAUUAUCCGCCGACCUCGACGCUACAUUUUGUAACUCUAGACAACGACAGUGACGGGCAACAGCAGGUAGAUAGGGCAUGAAUACGGAGUAUCAAGAUCUUUCGUCGUGACUGAUCUGGUUGUUUCGUGGGCCCGUUUCGUAACGGUCAAAUCAGCUCAGUCCCGGUCAGCCCAGGGCAACCGUGUCCUUACUUUGCCUCAAAGGCUCUUAGCGUUCGUUUUCUCCUCUGCGUUGUCCAGAAAAAUAACGGCCAUUUGCUCUACAAAACUUAGGUUGUUACGGUGAGCCUCCGUCUAUCCAGGGGUCAAGGGACCUGUCCAUCCCAGUCAUCCCUAUUAUCCUUUCUCUCAUCGCUCUAACGGAGGAACGGGUCCGUGUUGCACCGUAUAGCAUGGUUCGUGACUGGCAGAAUCCACAGCCUACAGCAGGAUCGUCCAUGUAUCCCGCUACCACGACAAUUUCCCAGCGGCGUCGCUCAUCAGCUGCUCAUACUCGUCCUGCGGGCCCACCUCCAAAUCUUCCAAUACCCAGCCUUCCUGACAGCACCAAUGACCGUCCAGGCCAUUCUUCUACUGUAGCACGUCCUUCAACGGGAUCAGAUGAUUCUCAGCCACACACGAAUGGUGUUAGUCGCGGCACACGCUCAGCCUCUUUUGCAAGACAAGGCGCAUCCCCGUCGCUAGCAGCAGUCGCCGCCUUUCCCCAGCACUCAGUCUUCUCAGCACAGUCGUCGGCAGCCUCGUCCGUUGAUGAUCUGUCCGACUCCCCGCCCCCAUCAAUACUACCCCCAUCAUCGUCACGUUUACAAGCGCCGCCAUUGCCUCCAGAUACGGAUACGGAUCACUUAUUGGUUCCAACAGAACCUCGCCCAGAGCAUCGCCCACCAUCGUCUCGACGGGCACUGACAAGGGCACUGGAGCUCGCUCGCGAGGCCGUACAGCUAGAUUCCAACAACAAUAACCCCCAAGGCGCAGUCAUGGCAUAUGGCAGAAGUGUCGCACUUCUUAGCGAAGUCAUGGAACGAGUCCGCAGAGGUGAGGAUACCACGGAGCCCAGACGACGGAAUGGAAGACGUAGAAGUAGUGUUGCACAGGAAGAGGAGGUUCGAAGGUUGCAAAAAAUUCAUGACACGUAUGCUGAUCGCAUGAAUAUCCUCAGUGUCGUUUACAGCAUCCCUCCUCUACCCUAUACAACAGCAUCCAUAUAUUCGCCCAUCUCUGCCGAUUCCACGCAACCGAAUUCUCCGACCAGCUCCGUUUCUCCCGUGUCCGAAACAUCAGACCCGAUACCUCAAGUUGAUUAUUCCAUUAAUGAUACCCAUGUGGAAGACAAUGAUCCCCAGAUCGCCCCAGGCAUCUCGUUGUCCAAGCACAUGAGUGCUCACGAAGGUAUUGAGGCUAUUGGUGCUGCUAUGUUGGACCUGGAGAGCCCGGUUGGAUCUACGAUAUCAGGUCUUCCCGUUUCUUCAUCCCACCCAUAUGCCAACACUCAGUACGAUCCGCCUACACCCCAUGCCGUUGCAAUGCCUUUGUCGGCACAGUCUACCUCCUCAAACCGGAUGUCUGUACAGCUUCGACGAUCAAGAGCAUCAUCAUCAGCCCUACCUCCAGCCUUACCGCCACCACUUAACUCUCCUCCUCUGGCUCCGACAAAUCCCAAUGAAGUACCUCCUGAUUUACCCCUGCAUGGCUCUCAUCAGUUUCUUGAUACUACAACCAGACAGAGGGGUGAUUCCGUUGGACAUAAGCGAACGAGCUCGGGCAGUAAACUGGCCGCACUGGAAGAGGAAAGCGAAAAAUAUGAGUACACAGACGCCGAAAUACCGGAAGCUGAAUUGCGAACGGGAACUCGGCUUAAUCUCGUCGUAGACACACGCCCAGCUAAAAACGAGUCUCCUCCUCUGCCAGCUUUGCCCUCCCCUGCGUCAGGUUCACCUGGUACACCUCGCAACAACUCAUCGCCCCAAGUCCCUAACAGUGUUGUCAUUCCACGACAGAGAGGUUCCUCUCAAGCACCUCGACCAGAGGUUGUAGUAAUCAACCCCACUAUUCAUCAGGGUACAAUUUCGCAACGACGUCUUAAGACAUCGACACCACCUACGCCAAGAUCUUCCUCUCCGUCUGAGUCUGUCGGCCCCCAUCCCCGGUCUGUGGCUUCCUCCCUGCCAAACUCGGGAGUGUCGCUUAGUGGUGUAGGUCGAACGCGCUCUUCGUCUCAACCUGGUCGGCGCCCGUCUUUGAUAGGCGGACGGAUAUCGCCUCUAGAACAGCGACCUCCACUUCCUUCAUCUACCGUCGCCAACAUCAAUAUAAAUGGUGCAGGGUCUGCUCUGCGAAAGACAUCCUUUCCCUCCAAACUGAACCCGAAUGCCCAGAUUCAAUUAACAGUACAAACUGAUCUUCCUUCCAUGGCCAUUAAUCCUCCCCUUAUGCCACCUCCUGCCGUCAUCUCCAGUGUUCUCCCCAUUACACCUAUAUCACCUUUACCUGCAGCAGCACCAGCAGAUCCGUUGAGGAAGCCCUACCACCUCAUGAACUUACUUCGUACAACCAUGACUUCCACCACAGGUGGAUAUAUCACGCGUCGUCUACAUGUCCCACAGGAAGUAUGGUCUCAGGGCGGCGCCAAACUGAGUAACCUUCCCGAGAAGGUGCGCGUGGUUGGCAUUCUAUGUUCGGCCCUGGAGGAUCUACAAAAUAGCAGCUCUGAGCAUUUUGGUGCGGGGAAUGUCAGCAGUGGCAUGGCUCUAGGAAUCGGGAGCAUAGGCAGGAAGGAAGGGGAAGCCUGGAUAUCAAAGCUAGAAGAUUUCUCGACCAUGUGUGACGGUGUCGUAGCAAACUUUGGGAAGAAACUUGGUGUCGGGGAAGGUUUUGUGUUAAAGAAGACUACUUGGGGAGACAAACUUGGCCGGCGUUUCGACAAAUAUAUCAAUGGCAAGAAUUUGGAUUCACCCGCUGCAUAUGUGCAAGGGUUGCGGAAAUUAUUCCUUCAUGCGCAGUUACUCGACGAGCACACUAAGGCCAUCAGCUGUCAACCUGUGGCGCCUGCAUAUGCGGCCUUCCCAGCUGACAUCCGCACUGCUGCUGACAUCAAGCUAAGGCGGUCGUCGGAAUUCUUCGCCAGUGUCGUGCUCACAUUCGUCAUCCGUGAUUUAUCUCAGCUUCUGGACAAAUAUGCCAAGAAGUGUGAAAAGUGGCUAGCGGAAUAACGGCGCGCCGCUACAGAAUUCGCCUUUCUGAUUAGACUCUCUUCUGUUGCGCUUGUUGGAUGCGUCAAUUGCUCUCAGGUCUGGGGUUUCUGGAGGAUGGAUCUUUAUUUGAGCCUUGAUCCCGCUUAUAUCUGCGCUGCAUAUUGUAUUACUGGAAAUCGUCAGUUCUGGAUAAUAUGGGGGUGUGUUGUGGAGUAUUAUUUUGUAUCUUAUAUGUGUCUCGUACAUGCCAUUAGCUACAGUUACCUUCGUCACUUCUGUCGUUAUUUCU